AUGUCCUGCUUGAGGAGAAUUGAGGUGCUCUGCCUACCAAAACUGAAGCAUCUAAGUUGGGACGAGUGGUUUUGUUUCGAGGCCCCCUUGCGUUUUGGUUCUGUUCCAUCCCUCAAGGUGCUGGGCCUUAUUUGUGGUGCAACCAUUGAUCAUCAGGAGUUUAGUCUGAGCCAGGUUCUACAUGGUACCAGAAACAUCCAUACUCUUACUUUGGAUUUCGAAGGAGAAAGGCUUUGGAUACAACCCGAAGGAAAGCAACUCUGCCAUGCAUUCAAACAGCUAAGGAAGCUGUCUAUUUGUGGCAUCUUUGUGGAUUUUGACCUGUUAUGGGCAAUAAAUCUCCUUGAAGCUGCUCCAUCCGUUGAGAUAUUUUCUGUGCGGAUAUGGGACCAUGCUUGCCAGGAUGAUGAGCAGUUAAGAACAACGACAGGUUAUGAGGCUCAAAGAACGAAGCCGUCAUGGAGCAUGCCUAAGUUCACAAGCUCUGAAACUUGGCAACUGAGAGAGCUUGAAUUUGUUGGCUUUAGGCCCCUAGAGCAACAAAUUUCAUUUUUAAGGUCCGUGAUGGAGCGAGCUUCAAACUUGAAGACGGUUCUUCUCAAAGAAGAUAAAUAUCCAUGCGUGGACUGCGAUUCAAUGAACAUUCCAAGAGGAGGUUUCUGUCCGGCGGACAAAGGUGAGCAGGAAACAAUUGUCAAGCAGCUUACAGAUGGGGUCCAGUCCUCUGCGCAGAUAAUUUUUCCAAACAGUGGUGGUAGUUGAAUGCGAGCUGUGGUUGUUGAAUGUGUGUUCUGUAUUCGGUGUAGUUUACUUAUGAACGGCUUGUUUCUCUCC